UCAUAAUAAGUGAUAUUUACUUUAUUGGAUAUAAAUUAAGUUGCCUACUGAUCAGUUCCUUGAUUAUUAUAUUAAGUGUGUGUGUUGCUCUGUGAUUAGUAAUUAUCAGGUUGGGAUAAUAACGUUAACACACAAGGAUUUUGUCACGCAAAGUUUUUUUGUUCUGAAUUCAAAACAAAGGGAAUUACUGUUCAACAUUAAUCGUGAGAAUAGAAUCGUGAAAUCCAGUCCGGUGUUUGUAGAGGUUUUCACACAAUGCAACCCACCUGUCUAGCGAUCGUGCUGGCAAUCGUCGGAUCGGCGAUUGCAUUUCCGCAGAGUGAAGUUCCCGUGCCGCAGGAUGGUACUAUACUGUUAAGCAGGCCAGCUGGUGAAGCUCCACCGGAAGUAGUUGCUGCCGACUCACCCAUACAGGAACAACCCAUUCAGGUACCGAACGAAGUUCCAGCGGUCGAUCUAUCUCAAGUGAAUGAAGAUAACAGUAAUACGGAGCAGGCGGCACGCCAGAAGCGUCAAUUCGGGCUUGGCGGAGUCGGAGUUGGAGUGGGUCUAGUCGGUGGUGCAGGAUUACUUGGAGGUGGCCUCGGCUAUCCUGGAUACGGCGGAUAUGGUGGCUAUCCAGGUUACGGUUAUGGUGGAGGAUAUGGAGGAUACGGAUAUGGCGGUUAUGGCGGAUAUGGUGGUUAUGGUUAUGGCGGUCACCGCCACCACCAUCAUGGGCAUCAUCAUCAUCAUGGGUGGUAAAGACGGUUGAAUGGUUAAUGCAAAAGAACAACGAGAUUGUGAUAUUUUUUUUACAAUAAAACUAAGGCAAUGUGUAAGUAAGAAA